AUGAUGGAAGACGAUGAGUUCUGGGCUUGGGAAUCCUAUGUUCCUCCGCAUUGGAAGUACGAUGUGUUUUUGAGUUUCAGAGGGGAAGACACCCGAACCACUUUCACAGACCAUCUCUAUCACCAACUGUUGUGGCGAGGAAUCAGGACUUUCCGGGAUGACCUUGGAAUUGAGAGGGGGUCAUCCAUCUCUGCAGAGCUCUAUACUGCCAUUAAAGACUCGAGGUUUGCCAUUGUUGUUCUCUCUCCAAACUAUGCUUCCUCCACCUGGUGCUUGGAUGAACUUGAUAUGAUCCUAGGAUCCCGAAUGGGACUUUGGCCUGUCUUUUAUCAUGUUGAACCUUCUGAUGUUCGAAAACAAACCGGGCCUUUCGCCAAAGCCUUCACUAAACAUGAGCAGGACUUUAAGGGAGACAUGAACAAGGUGCUUUGCUGGAGAGCUGCUUUGACAAAUGUGAGCAAUGUUGCUGGAUGGACUACUUCACAAGAUAGGUAUGAGACUGAGCUUAUCAAAGAAAUUGUAGACUCAGUAUCCAGAAUAGUGCAUCCCACAUUCACAUUGUUAGAUUCGACAGAGAACUUGUUCGGAAUUGGGUCUAGAUUAGAGUAUAUAGACUUGCUUUUAUUUACUAGCAUAACUGAUAUUCGCUUUUUAGGGAUAUGGGGGAUGGGUGGGGUGGGCAAGACAACAAUAGCGAGAUUAGUUUAUGAGAGAAUUUCCUGUAACUAUGAGGUUAGUUGCUUUCUUGCUAAUGUUGGACAGCAAUCAGCAAUACGCGGUAUAGUUCAUCUACAAAAACAACUUAUUUCCCUUGUUUUAAAGGAAAACGUUGCACAAGUCUGUGAUGCUUACAGUGGAGCUGCUAUGACAAAGAAUCUCUUAUGUAAUAAAAAGGUUCUUCUUGUUCUGGAUGAUGUGGAUCAAUUACAUCAACUUGAAAUGUUGGCAGGAAAUAAAGAUUGGUUUGGUCCAGGGAGCAGAAUUAUCAUUACAACAAGAGAUGAACGUCUGCUAAUCGAACAUGGUAUAGAGAAACUGUACCAGCUCCAGCGAUUAACUGACGAUCAAGCUCUUCAGCUCUUUUCAUGGAAAGCCUUUAAGAAGUGUCAUCCAGAAGAAGAUUAUCUGGAACUGUCCAAAUGUUUUAUAGAAUAUUCUGGAGGCCUUCCAUUAGCUCUGAAAACUCUUGGAUCUUCUCUGUAUAAGAGAGGUAUUGAUGCUUGGAUCAGUACGUUGGAUAAACUAAAGAAAACUCCGAAUAAGACCAUUUUUGAGACGCUCAAGAUAAGUUACGAUGGAUUAGAUGAGAUGGAAAAGAGAGUUUUUCUAGAUGUGGCAUGCUUCCAUAUGGGCAAGUACAAGGAGCGAGUAAUUGAAAUACUGGAUAGUUGUGGCUUUGCCUCUCGUAUUGUGAUAGACAUUCUAGUGGAGAAAUCUCUCUUAACUAUUUUAGAUGACUACCUGAUGAUGCAUGAUCUGAUACAAGGAAUGGGAUGGGAAAUUGUUCGUCAAGAAUCUUAUGAAGAGCCUGGUCAACGGAGCCGAUUGUGGCUUGAUAAGGACAUCUUUCAUGUGUUCAUGAAGAAUACUGGAACAGAAGCAAUUGAAGGAAUAGUCCUAUGUGUGCCUGAAGUUGAACAAGCAUACUUAAAUCCUGAAACUUUCUCUAAGAUGUCUAAACUAAAGUUGCUCCAAAUUCAUAAUUUGAACCUAUCUCCAGGCCCCAAGUAUCUGUCUAAUUCCUUGAGAUUUCUGGAAUGGAGUUCAUAUCCUUUGAAAUUUCUCCCGCCAACUUUUCAACCGGACAAACUCACGGAACUUAGUUUGCGUCAUAGCAAAGUUGAUCAUCUUUGGAAUGGGAAAAAGGACAUGGGUAACUUGAAGUACAUUGAUCUUAGUUUCUCCGAAAAUUUGAUCAAGACCCCAGAUUUCAGCGGCAUUCUGAAUCUUGAGAGAUUGGUUCUUGAAGGCUGCACAAAUGUAGUUGAAAUUCACUCAUCUAUUGCAUUUCUGAAAAAGCUUAAAAUUUUGAACUUUACAAGUUGUAAAAGUAUCAGGAGUCUUCCGAGUGAGGUACAAAUGGAAUCUCUUGAAGUUUUUAUUCUUUCAGGCUGCUCAAGACUGAAGAUUAUUCCAGAAUUUCUAGGACCAAUGAGAAAUUUGUCAAUUCUUUCUUUAGAUGGGACAGCGAUUGUGGAAGCACCUGCAUCAAUUGAAUGCCUGAAGGAGCUUGAUCUAAGUGGAACUGCACUAAGUGAGCUUCCAUCCUCCAUUGUUCUUAUGAAAAACUUGGAGGUGUUAUCUUUUCGCGGAUGUAAAGGCCCGGCACCAAAACCAUGGCAUUCUUUUCUCCCUUUUGGAUCAUUUCAAAGAAAUUGUCCCGAGCCUAUGAGGGCUCUAGUGCUGACUUCUUUAAAUGAUCUGUGUACUGUGAGGAAACUUGAUUUAAGCGACUGCAGUUUUUGUGAAGGAGCAAUACCAGAUGAGAUUGGUUGUUUGUCCUCUUUAGAAGAAUUAAAUCUUGGGGGAAACAAUUUUGCCAACCUUCCUGCAAGCAUUAGAUGGCUCUCUAAGCUUACCUUUUUGAACUUGGAAGGCUGCAAAAAGCUUCAGCUAUUGCCAGACCUCCCAUCAAAUGAAGAACUUACUGUAACAACCGAUGAUUGUUCUUGCUUAGAAAUAUUACCUGAUCCACCAAAGCUGAGCAGAAUGAGUUGGUUUUCCUUUAGAUGUCUGAAUUGUUACAAAUUGGUUGACAGUCAAGGCGGCAACAACAUACCAUUUUCAAUGCUAAAGCGAUUCCUACAGGGAACCCUUCCUUUUAUUAUUCACAGCUUCAAUAUUGUUACUCCUGGAAGCGAAAUUCCCGAGUGGUUCACUAAUCAAACUGCAGGAGAUUCACUUGUUGUGAAGCUACCUUGUAAACCAAGCCGUAACAACUCGGUGGGGUUUGCUCUCUGUGUUGUUUUUGAAGCUGAAGAAAAUCGAGCUUCCAUUGAACUUGAUCAUUCAGGAGGUAGUCAUGCAUGUGGAAUUAAAUGUCUUUCCAAAGUACAAGGAUCAUUGUCGACCUCUUUGCUUGUAAAAGGGCUUUUUCAUCAUAAAGUUGGCCAGGUUCUGUCAGAUCACCUUUGGUUACUAUAUGCAUCUUUCAAAGACUAUGAUCCUAGAAAUUAUUGGAAAGGAAGAUUCUAUGAGAUAGAGUUUUCAUUCAAAACCUUUUGUUCUAUGGAAAGCAAGAAGUGUUUGAAGCUGAAGAAGUGUGGUAUCCGUGUGGUGGAUAAAAAAGAUGUGGAAGAUCUCAACCAAACAAUGAACCAAGCUAACAGCAAUUUCUCUUUUGACAAGGCUAUGGAUGACCUCCAUUGUGAAUUUGAAAAGUCAGCGAGUGUUCAAGGUAACAAAGUUAAGCACACAAUUGAACAUUCAGAUGAGGCAGGAGAAAGUGGAAGUGGUAUCUCUGCCAUGCAGUCACUCAGCAAAAGACUGAAACACGACUAA